GAGCCGAGAGGAUGCGGCCGGCGGCUGCUGUCCCGAGCGGCACGCGGUGAUCGCCCUCCCGAGGAGGAGGCGCCUAGACCGUUGCCUCAUUUCUUGCCCCCCCUCUCCGUAAUUACAUUGGCUACUGGAAGGGACCGAGAGAGACAGAGGAGGCGCCAGGCUUCCCCCUCACGCCCGCCACCCCUGCUCUUUCCCGUCCCGGGCCAGGAUGACUGGAGUCUUUGACAGUCUGGUGGCUGAUAUGCACUCGACCCAGAUCACGGCCUCCAGCACUUACCACCAACACCAGCAGCCCCCGAGCGGCGGCGGCGCCGGCCCCGGCGGCAGCAAUGGCAGCAGCAGCAGCCUGCACAAGCCCCAGGAGUCGCCAACCCUUCCGGUGUCCACGGCCACCGACAGCAGCUACUACACCAACCAGCAGCACCCGGCGGGCGGCGGCGGCGGGGGGGCCUCACCCUAUGCUCACAUGGGCUCCUACCAGUACCACACCAGCGGCCUCAACAACGUCCCCUACUCCGCCAAGAGCAGCUAUGACCUGGGCUACACGGCCGCCUACAGCUCCUACGCGCCCUACGGGACCAGUUCGUCUCCAGCCAACAACGAGCCUGAGAAGGAAGACCUCGAGCCUGAAAUCCGGAUCGUGAACGGGAAGCCAAAGAAAGUCCGGAAACCCCGCACUAUCUAUUCCAGUUUCCAGCUGGCGGCUCUUCAGCGGCGCUUCCAAAAGACUCAGUACCUGGCGCUGCCUGAGCGAGCCGAGCUGGCGGCGUCUCUAGGCCUCACCCAGACUCAGGUCAAAAUCUGGUUCCAAAACCGCAGAUCCAAGUUCAAGAAGAUGUGGAAGAGUGGAGAGAUCCCCUCCGAGCAGCACCCUGGGGCCAGCGCUUCGCCACCUUCCGGCAGCAACGGCUCCAGCCCGAGUAGCGCGGCCUCGGCUUUUCUCGGCAACUAUCCUUGGUACCACCAGGCCUCUGGCUCCGCGUCGCACCUGCAGGCCACCGCGCCACUGCUUCACCCCACGCAGACCCCGCAGCCUCACCACCAUCAUCACCAUCACCACGGUGGCGGGGGUGCCCCGGUGAGCGCAGGGACGAUUUUCUAACCCCAGGGUGCCCGCACCAGAGACUGAGCAAACACCCGUGAGCCUCU